AUGUCACGAAAUGCAGUGUCAACCCUGGGUUCGGCUCGUGAUGCAGCAUUCUUGCAAACCGCAGAGCCUGCUGCUCCAGCUGGAUGCUUGGUAGGCCCCAAUGCACUGGCGGAAACAGGGCUUGACACUCCACUAACCUGGACCAUGUCUGGGACCUUCAUACCAUAUAACCAUGCGGGACCUUCCAGCGCCCUGUGUCGGACUGUGCAAGAGUGGAUGGCUCACAUGCAUGCAGGGAUCCAGGUAGCAAAACCUCCCAAGGACUUUGUCAUCCACUCAUGGAUACUGCAUUAUGCAAACACUCUGAGAAGCUUCAAUUUUCUUGGAAAUCCCAUCAGGGAACCUGUUUACUCCUUUACCCCUUAUCACCUCCUUACCCCUGCCAAACGUAGAAAAUUACACAAUGCUCCCCAAUACCCAAGAACUUCACCCAUUCCCUCCCUCUACUCAUCAUCAAUCUCGCACAUGCCUCUCACGUUCUCACAAAAUGCACCAUAUUGUCAUAUCCGUGCAUACCCGACCCCGACCCGACUUCCGGACCUCCACCCUCUUCACCUCUGGAGUCAUACCCUACCGCUGCCAUUCCGAUACUCACCUUCGGUCCUGGCAACACACCUCUUUCUACCUCCCAUGCCACCUCUACUCCUUCCUUCCCUCUCCUCCCCUAUCUCUGUCCGUUCCAAUACUCACCUCGGACCGAACACCACCCCUCUCGCCACCCUCCUACUACUCCUCCUCCUACUCCUCCGCUCCUCCCUCACAACACCCCCACCCUUCCGUCACCCUCCUACGCUUCCCCUGUCCGCUCCGAUACUCACCUUCGGACCUGACAACUCUCCUUUCCGCCACUCCUUCUCUCUUCCCUUUCUCCUCUCUCCUCCCUCUGGUACUCUUCUGCCGACCUCCCGCCAAGUUAUGACCUUCCACCACUGUCCCGUACUUCGUACUCGGGCACCGCUCGUACCUUUGCUCUGA